UGUAAAUGGUAUUUUGAUUAAAUAUAUUUGAAAACAACUUAAGUGCGUAUUAAAAUAUUUUAGUUUAAGAUUUGGAUGAUCUUUGUUAGCAGUUUUUUUUUUUUUUCAAGAGAGUCAGGAUAGCGGAAAUAUCCUAAGGAUUCCGUAUUUUCAAGGUCCUUUGCGAUGAGAAAAAUGCUUUGUAAUAUAAAGUGUUGCAUAACGCGAGUGAAAGCUAAGUGGGCGCUGAUUUUCCGGCCAAAUCAACAGCGUUUUUGGCAUCUCUGACCCGUAGAACCAGCCAACUGCAGCUGCGUUUGCCGUCGUCGUCGCCGCCGCUGCCCAUCGUCAAUUUUUAUUUUAUUUAUUUUGCCCGUGGCUUGUGUGUGUGCCUUGUAUUUUUUUUCUUCUAUUUUAUUUUCUUUUUUUUUUUUGCUCUAUCGUUACUCGUUUUCAUUUCGCCUGCUGCGGUUUCAGUUGUCAUUUUACUACAGCCGCUGUUAGUUAGUUAUUUGUAUGCGUCGUCGCGCGUUUUCCCACUGAGGCAACUGCAACGAGAAGUUGCAGCAACAGCGGAGGCAGCAGCAGCAGCAGCAGCAGCAGCAGCAGCAACUGUUGCAGCCACAAUACAGCAGCAACACAUCCGCAACACAUCAGCAACAUAGCAGCAACACAUCCUUUUUAAGCGUGCGCGCGCGCGUUUUAAAACGCGCGCAAAAAUCGCCUGGCGUUUUGGCGAUUCUAUUCUAUUCUCUUCUGUAUUUUUUUUUGCCGCUUGAGAUUUGUGCAUGUUCUUGGUGAAUUUGCUGCUGUUUCAGUCGCUAUCGCGAUCUUCUCAAGGCUGCACGCGUUUUCUGCUGACGCCGCCGUUUGCGUCGCUGCCGCGUCGUCAUCGCGUCUGCGUCGCGUCUACGUGUUCAAAGGCAGAAAUUCCUUUCAGUUCGUGCCGUUCGCCUUCAUAAUUCCCCCUAAUUAUCCGCCGCACUCUUAAUAUUUACAACGUUUUUCUACAUUUUUUUUGUCGGUGUUUUUUUUUUUUUUUUUUGUGUAAUGUGCAAAAAGAGCAGAAGAAAUAAACGCGACGUUUGAAAAUGCAUGCAUAACGCAUAUAAAGUUCAAGGAAGUCCAAAAGGCCAACACAUGAUAUAAAUUAAGAAAAUUGGUCAACUAAAAUAAAAGAAGAAGAAGAAGAAGAAAAGGAAAUAGAAAAAUUCACCUUGAGACUGAUAUUCGGUUUUUGUGCAAUAUUUAUCUUUGCCAGAGCGGUGUUAUAUUUGUGUUCUAUUUGCCGCUGCCUGCUGCAUAAGCAAACGGGCAGCGUAAGCUGUCACCGACAUGGGCAGUGAGCACUACUGCUUGAGGUGGAACAAUUACCAAUCCAACCUGUUAGGGGUGUUUAGUCAAUUACUACAAGACGGGAGCCUGGUGGACGUCACACUAGUUUGUUCAGAGGGCACAUCCAUCAGAGCCCAUAAGGUGGUCCUCUCGGCUUGUUCCUCGUACUUCCAGAGCCUGUUCCUGGAGCACCCCGAAGGACAUCUAAUUGUGAUAUUGAAGGACGUCCGUUUUGCCGAGCUGCAAACCUUAGUUGAAUUCAUGUACAAGGGCGAGGUGAACGUGCAAUAUUGUCAGUUGUCCGCGCUGCUCAAGACAGCGGAAUCCCUCAAGGUCAAGGGCCUGGCCGAGAUGACGAACCAGAACACGACGCUGCGCGAACCCGAACGGGAACCGGACCGCUUGCGUCCGCAGGGCGGCGGCGGUAGCGGCGGUUCCGCCCACAAGGCGGCCGACAGUCCGGCGGCCGCGCUCGAUGCCACAGCGGCCACACAGGCAGCGACUGCCACGGCAACGGCAACUGCCGCGGCGGCAACAUCGACCUCAACCUCAGCAACAUCUGCGGCGGCAACGGCAGCAGCGACAGCAGCAACAUCUGCGUCCACAACGGCAACGGCGGCGGCGGGGAGUAGUAAUACAACAACAACAACGGCGGCAACCACAACAGCAACCUGUGCCACAGCAGCAACAUCCACGGCAGCAACAUCCUCAUCAUCGUCGGUGACAUCAGCAGCAACAGCAGCCGCAGCAGCAUCUGGUGUUGCGCACUCGGAGGAGGCGACCUCGUCAUCAUCGUCAACUGGCGGGCAGAAGCGGGAGGCUAGCGAUCGCAGCAGUCCCACGCCCGCCAAACGAUCGUCGCGAAUGCAUCCGGCGGACAAGGUGGAUGUGACAGAGGAUCGGGAACAGGAGCAACACCAGGCGGACGAGCUGCUGGGCGAGGAGCUGCUCGGUCGCAACUUAAAAGACGAGGAGGAGGACGAUGUGGAUGACCUGGACGAGAACGAGGAGACGAUGCUAAGGGGUCGCGUGGAGGACGAGGACGACGAGGAUGAGGAGGAGGACACGCCCAUGCCGUUGGAUCUCUAUCAAAGACCAAAUGUCGAGCCAAAAAGCGCCGCAGCAGCAACAGCAGCGCAGCAGGGCGGUAGCAACAGCCUCAGCGGUAGCAGCAACGCUUGCCACACCAACAGCAGCAGCAACAGCAAUAAUAACAAUAACAACAACAACUCCAGCAGCAACAACAACAACACUAGUAGUGGGAAAACCUCAGCGGCCAGCAAUGGCGGCACAGCGACAUCCGGCGGCACAGCGGACUCCGUGGUUGCGGUGGAUGACGAUGACGACGACGACGACGGUGGCCAUCAUCAUCAGCGACAGGUGAUGGACGAUCGAUUGGAGCAGGAUGUGGACGAUGAGGAUCUGGACGACGAUGUCGUGGUGGUGGGCCCCGCCACCGCGAUGGCCAGGGGCAUUGCCCAGCGGCUGGCCCAUCACAACCUGCACCGUCUCCAUCACACGCACCACCAUGCUCAGCACCAGCAUCCGCAUCAGCACCACCAGCAUCCGCAGCACCACCAUCCGCCGCACCACCAGCAGCACCAUACGCACUCGGAUGACGAGGAUGCCAUGCCCGUGAUUGCCAAGAGUGAGAUCCUCGACGAUGACUACGACGAUGAGAUGGAUCUGGACGAUGACGAUGAGGCGGACAACAGCAGCAACGAUCUGGGUCUCAACAUGAAAAUGGGCAGCGGUGCAGGCGGCGGCGGUGGCGUGGACCUGUCCACCGGCUCCACAUUGAUACCCUCGCCAUUGAUCACCCUGCCAUCCUCAUCGGCGGCGGCGGCAGCUGCAGCGGCGGCGAUGGAAUCGCAGCGCUCCACGCCGGCCAUGUCAGCGGCCCAGGCAGCUGGAGCGGGCGCCUCGGACCUCAGUAUUGGUGGCUCCGGCGGUCGACCGGCGUCCAGGAGCUCACGCGACGGCGGCGGCAACGAUGGCGGCAGGGGAGGAGCAUCAUCCUCCAGCCUGCUGAGCCCGGGAACCGUGGCCAAUCUCCUGCCCGUGCAAUCGGUGCCAUUGAGUCUCAAGAAGGAGAUCGAUUGCAGCGAGGACGACAACAGCAGUCACAGCAGACACAUGCAACAGCGUUCGGCAUCAGCUGGCGGCGGCCUGGGCGGCGACCUUGACUACCGCGCCUCCCACGAGUCGCUGCUACGCAACUUCAGCUCCCCAAUGAGCGCCAUGGCCGCCAGUCGCUGCCCCACACCCUUCGCCUUCCCAUUCUCGCCCCUCGGCCUGAGCCUCUUCGACAUCGAUCCGUCCAGAAUUCUCAGCCUGCUGCACCACCAGACCUGGUUGGCAGAGGAGGCCCUCAGGACACGCGGUCUGCUGACGGCGCCCAAGGACUUUCCGCACCGCUUCACGACACUCAGCGACCUGCUGACCAAGGACUACCAGCCGGGUGCUGGACAACCGAUGGUAACGGCCACAGCGACAGCGACCACAGCCUCUUCGACCAGUCAGGUGAGUGCCAGCCGAUCCGGCGACACGCAAUACAACAAGCACGGACAGCAACCGCAGCAACCUCAAACCGGCGGAGCAGCAGGAUCUGGCGUAGGUGGUCUGGGUGGAAGCCCUACGGCAGGAGCGUCAUUCAACCUGCGUUACCCCACGCCCCCCGCCUUCUACCAGCAGCAGCAGCAGGGUAAGGGUACCAAAUCGUCUCCUUCGCCCCAGCAAAUGGCCACCAGCUCCACCACAGUCAUGUCCAACGAUUCUGGGGAGGAUAGCUGCAAGCGCAGCUCGGCGGACAGCGAUGAGGUGACCACCAUGGAGCUGCCCAGCGAACGCAGUGCCCAGCUGUACAAGGAGUCGCUGGAGCAGCUGCUGCAGCGCCAGCGUCGCACUCCCAUCCUGGCGGGCUCGGGAUCGGGCUCUGGUUCGGGUACGGGAUCGGGCAGUGUUAUUGUUGAUUCCGCCGGUCUUAGGCAGUACACCCAACUUUUGUUGGCCGGAGCCGCCUCUAGUGGUGCUUCCGAUCUGAAGGAGAAGAGCUCCUCGUCGUCCACCUCGUCCACGCCACCGCUACUGACCCAGCAGCUCAGCCAGAUGCUAAAGAGUCCCUCGGACACGUGCUCCUCGCUGUUCAGCUCGUCGGGUGGCGGCACAGGAUCGGCCGGCCCGGGAGUCACCGGCGAGACCAUCGAGGAGGAGACCCGCUGCGUGGUCUGCAAUGCCCAUUUCCCGAACGUGUGGCUGCUGGAGCAGCAUGCCGCUCUCCAACAUCCCCAUGUGGGCCCCGGCGAGGAGAAGCCUUUCAUCUGCGAGCAGUGCGGCCAAUCGUAUCGCUAUCGCAGCGCCUACGCCAAGCACAAGGAGCAGAAUCACCGUGCUCGUCUGCCGGCCGACAAGCUCUUCACCUGCGACGUGUGCGGCAUGCAGUUCCGCUACCUGAAGAGCUUCAAGAAGCAUCGCUUGAACCACGCCCUCGAGCGGCUCCAUGGGAAGAAGAGCGUGGGCGUGAUCGGACGACUGGGCGGAUCUGGUUCGGGACCCGGUUCCUCGGCGAUUUCCGUCUCGGUGGCGGCACCUACUUCCGUUUCCGCCUCUGGAUCCGUGACCUCGGUGGAUCAGGAUGUGGUCACCAGCUCGCAGGAGCCCAUGAUGGCCGACGAGGGCGAGGAUCUGCGCGUGAAUGUGAAACGCGAGGGUCCCGCCGAUGAGCAGAGCGCCGAGUCGCGGGCCAACGACCUCGAGGAGCACGAACAGGACAACACCGUCGACUCCGCGGGCAUCACGAUGCUCUACCAGGACAACAACUCCUCGGCCUCGGCCUCCACCAGCGCCACCGAGCCGAACAUUAGCAGCUCCGACGGCAUUCAUAGUACAAACAAGCGGUCGCGCCUGCACCACUUGGAAACGGAUCCCUCCUACCCACACCACCAUCACCACCACCACCAUCACCAUCAGCAGCAGCACCACCAGGCGCACCAUCAGCACCACAAUCCGCAGUCGCAGCUGCCGACCCACUUGGGCCACGUUUCACUGCCACUGGUGGCCACCUCGGCCGCCGGCUCCUCAUCCUCGGCGGCUGCCGCUGCCGUUGUGGCCGCUGCCCAGGCACAGGCCAGUUCCGGCGCCACCGGAAGCGGCCCAACCGGAAGCGGUGCACCCGGUAGCGGCAGCGUUGGCUCCGCAGGCAGCUCAGCUGCGAGCGGCGGCAUCAGUUCCCUCAGCUCGCUCACCUCCUUGAUCAACGCCGAGCGCAUUCCGAACGAACAGUUCCUGGGACUCAAUCCGCAGGAGGCCUCCAUCCUCAACUUCUUGCGCGUGGAUGCCGCCGAGCGACAGAGGGACAAGCGACCGGCCACCUCGCGAUUCGCGUGCCCCUUUUGCGGCAAGUGUGUGCGCUCCAAGGAGAAUCUGAAGUUGCAUGUGCGCAAGCACACCGGCGAACGGCCGUUCGUGUGCCUCUUCUGCGGACGUGCCUUCGGUGGCAAGUCGGACCUGACCCGCCACCUGCGGAUCCACACCGGCGAGCGGCCGUACCACUGCGAGUCCUGCGGCAAGUGCUUCGCACGGGCGGACUACCUGUCGAAGCACCUGACCACCCACAUCCACAAUGCGCCGCGCUGAGAUGAGGCGCGUAGGAGACGGCUCCUACGCAGAUAAGGAACCAGCUCCACGAUAAGACACGCUCACACUCACACACACACACGGCACAACCCACACCAACACACACACUAAAUACAGGAUGUUAAAGCCGAUGUGUAUAAAUCCUAUUAUUAUCAGAAGCUCUACGAUUAGAUCGAUGUAGCACACAUUUUUUCGCUAGAGUGUUUUUUUUUUUUUUUUUGGUGCAAGCUAGAGAAAAACAAAAUUACGGGCAACUAAUUAGCACGGGUAUUAAAGUGUUUAAGAUUCUGAAUAUACACCUAUCUCUCUAAAAUAUAAAUAUUAUGUGUGAGUAAGGUUUACGAUUAUAAUUACGGAUUAUAAUUAUUAUCGUAGCAAAAGAUUAAGUUUUUCUACAACUAUGAUUAAGUGCAGAUGGGAACGAAAUGCGACUUGGUUCUGUGAGACAAAUUAUUUAUAAUUUCUAAUAACAAUAACAUUAACGAAACAGCCACAAACAAAUAGCAUCAGACACUGCAAUAGCAAAUAAACAAAAUAGUCUGUAUUUUCUACCGAAACAAAUGGAGUACCGCAGAUCUGCCGUUGAUAUACACAAUAGAUAAAAUAUAUUUAAUUUUACACCGAUCUAUAGAAGCUAACUAGCAACAAUUUGUACAAAACAAACAAAAGCCGAGCAAACGAGAGAAAACUAACUUUGCAAGGAUCAAUGCAAUAACUGAGUAAACUCUGUUACCUACCACAGAAAACAAUAAGCGAUAUGGGAUUUUAGUUAAUUCUAGUACAGAAACUGUACUGGAACUAAGCCAACCACUAAAUACUACAUGUAAAACAAUGUUUCAACGAUGCGAGUGCAAGCAUUAUUUAUUCUUCGGUUGACCGAUCUACAUGCAUAUAUACACAUAUGUUCAGUAUGGAGGCGUAGUUGGUUUAUAGGAUUAUUGUAAAGCUAGGAGAUACGAAUGGGAUCUACCACCGUCAAUAGUUUAAUUUAUAUACAUACAAAGCAAAGCGAAGCAAGGCAAAUCAAAGCAAAACAAAACUAAAAAACAAACAUAGCAACAAUUAACAAUUACCAAUAGCAAUUACAAUUAAAACUGCAACUGCAAAUGCAACUACAACAACACAAAACUAACUGUGAUCACAACAAGAAAAGAACAUUGAAGUUUUAACUAACCUACAAACAAGCUAAACAGGCAAGAAUAGUUUAUAGCGAUGGCAACCAUGGCAAGCAAUAGAGAAAUUGGACGGUGCUGGCAAUCCUGCAGCUGCCGCAUCGUCCAUCCGCUGGAAACGAAAUGUGCAAUUAAACAAUAAAAACAAUAAACUAGAGAAAGCCCAACAUGAUUUCUCAACCGAUAUUUGCUUCAUUUUUAACUUAGUUUAGCAGACACAUACCACACAGGAAAAUCAAAUAACAAAAACAAGCAACCUUGAACCAAGAACAUCGAAUUAAAAUGUAAAAAAUGAAGAAAUGAAUCCGAAAAACUCAAAUGCGUAGAAGGGUAGAAUUCAAAGUUUUUUGUAUUUAGUAAAUGUCUAACGCAAUAAGAAGAGUUAUGAGAAUUGCCGUACCAAAAAAGUGGAAAGUAAAAAACAAACACUGAGAACAAAUCAAAGUAAAGUGGUAGAAGUAAAGUAAAUGAAAACUUUCACUGUGCCAAAAAGUUUCAAGUACCUCAUAAUUUAACUAAAUAUUAAAGAGAAGCAACUAACCACACCGAAAACAGCCCACACAAUCCACAAGCAGUCCACACACGAUCCACACGCCCCAAAUAAUAAUUAUACAAACAUACAUACAUAUAUCCCGUAACAAAAUGAGUCUAGACAGGAAUUGUCAAAGCGUAUGAUUACAUAGAAUCUGAAAGCUGAAAGCGAAGCGUUAACUAAUCCUAAUUUACCAACCGGAGAGGGCUAGAAAAUAGUUAGUUAGAUAGAGAUAGCGAUAGACCUAGAGAUAGGGACGGAUAUAGAAUAGAGACAGAGACAGAGAGAGAUGGCGCUGGCGAUAGCGAUAGCAAGAGAGAGAGACAGAUGCAAACAGAUUCAGCGCAUGUGGAGAUCUACCAUCCAAAGGGGAUCCACAUGUAUCGUAUAUAGUAUAUGGAUCAUGAUGGGAUCCCCGAUUUUCGAUUAUUUUUUGUAAUUUAUUUAUUCUCCAGCAACACAGUUCUGCCUACAUUUUCUCUCCAAACUUAAGUGUUCAAUCUUAGCGAAUAUAUAUUUGCCUUGGAAUAUAUAUGUUAUGUGAUAGUUUAACUAAUUAACCGCACCCCUUGAGUUAUGCCAUUUUAACAACAACAUACUUUGCCUAAUUAUUAUACCUUGAUUGUAGCGAAAAGACAACAAAUCACUUUAUUUUCUCGAUACAUAUGUAAGUUUUUUCAAUUUCGAUUGUGUCAGUAUGUGAACCGUCAAAGAUCAGGGCCUCUAGCAAAUGUUAUAGUUUUAGUUCAUUAUUAUUAUUAUUAUUGAUAAUCUGAUGUGAAUUUUUGAGCGGACCUUAUUAUAGAAUUACCUUUCUUUGGUUCUCGAUUUCUCCUUGAAUUACUAUUUAUUUUCCAACAACUACACUGCAACUGCAACCACAAACAAAAAUCAAACACUGCCUUUUGUAAAACACAAAAACCAGCAAGUAUAAUGCAAAAUUUGUAAUCUUACUAUCUUAAGUUACUCUGUUUUAAAUCGUAAAUUUAAUUUUUUUAUGUUCACAUCACAAAUGCCGAAAUCAAUUUGAAAAACUCUGUUUUACUUUACUUUUACUUUUAUUUUUUCCAAGCUCUACAUUAAGUUUUUAAGCACAAUAACAACAACAACAACAAGCUGUGAGCUGUGUAUGUGAAUGAAUUAUUUGUAUGAAUAUUAUUACAGUUAUGACACUCUUAUUAUUAUCAAUUUUUUUGGAAACACUUAUUAUUUUGGAAUUAUUAUUUGAUAGUAUUUAUUAAUAAAGUUUUUUGCCACGAA